ACCUUUACUCCCAAACCAAAAAUAGAAGAAAAAAAGAAAAUUGGAGCGCCAAUUUUACACAUAUAAAGUUGAUUUCAAAGCGCAUCGCCCACUACACAUAACUCAAAACUGUGCUAAACGGUCCAAACCGCUCGCCCUCCCCCCACCACUCCCACGUGUUCACACCGUACCGACAACCUGAGGUCACUGAUGUUCCCGCCAAAGUCACCAGUUACCGGCCAGCUGGCGGGACGCGGCGGCGAGACGGCGGCGAGAGUGAUCGUGGCUGUCAAAGCAGAGAAGGUGAUCUCAAAGUGCGGGUUGGCCUGGGCACUCAAUCACGCUGCAAGGCCUGGCGACUGUGUUAUGCUCCUCGCUGUCUUCUCUGAAGAGAAAACCGGGAGGAGAUUUUGGGGAUUUCCGAGGUUGAAAGGAGAUGGCCGGAGCGGUGACGCUACCAAGUUACCGGAUCGGAUUUGUCAGAUCUCGGAGUCUUGUUCUCAGAUGGUUCUUCAAGUUCAGGAUCAAAUUCAGGUUACAGUGCGGAUUAAGGUUGUUUCAGCUAUCUCUGCUGGUGCUGUCGCAGCUGAAGCAAAGAGCAGUGCAGCCAGCUGGGUCAUAUUGGACAAGAAACUGAAGCGAGAUCUGAGGUGUUGCAUGGAUGAACUGCACUGUAAUAUUGUAGUCAUGAAGGGUUCCCAUCCAAAAGUCCUUCGACUCAAUCUAGCUAGCUCAGAUGAUAUACAAACCCCUUUCUAUUCUGCUGCAUCUUCACCUGUUAAAGAUAAUAGAAAGCUGUACAGCUACAAAAUGAAGCAUACCACCCCUGUUAGCAGUCCUGAGGAUGCAAACACUUCAUACACAAGAUCCACCGGGGAAAAGUCAUUAUCAAGUCCUGACGCGGGACUUCCUACUUUUGUUGUGUAUGAACAAAAUCCCCUUUAUGAAGGAAUGAAUAGAGGUAAACGUCCACCUGGUAGACAAAAUACUAUUGACCAUGUAAAGGAAAGAGCAAUAAAUUUUUCAGCAGCUCCAGAAUCACCAAGCAGUCGGAAUCAAAGAGUCUUCUGGAUUCCUCAGAAUCACUCUGUUGAUGAGAAAGGCACAGCAAGUGGAAACUGCAAUAUCAUCCCUAAAACAACAUUUACCUCUACCAGAACCAAAUCUGAUAAUUUUAUACAAUAUAAGGAAGAGAUAAUAUUAAGUGGACUUAAUUUUAAUCAAAAUGGUAGUGGAGAUUCCGCAUUCAACUCUAGCAUUCGGGAGGCUGUCUCUUUAAGUAAAAUUUCCUCAACUCCUCCUCCACUGUGUUCGCUGUGUCAAUCCAAGGCUCCAGCAUUUGGGAAACCUCCAAAGCAAUUUCAGUACAAAGAGCUAGAGGAAGCUACAGAUGGUUUCUCAGACACAAAUUUUGUUGCAGAAGGUGGAUAUGGUUUGGUUCACAGAGGAGUUCUGAGGAAUGGGUUGGUCAUCGCGGUGAAGCAGCUCAAGCUAGUUGGGCCACAAAGAGAUGCUGAUUUCUGCAGGGAAGUUCGCGUACUGAGUUGUGCUCAGCACAGAAAUGUGGUGUUGCUGAUUGGUUUUUGCAUUGAAGGGAAGAAGAGACUGCUGGUCUAUGAAUAUAUAUGCAAUAGCUCGUUGGACUUUCAUUUACAUGGAAAUGAAAUGUCUGCUUUGGAUUGGCAAACACGUCUGAGGGUAGCUAUUGGGACUGCAAGAGGAUUGCGGUACCUUCAUGAAGAUUGCAGAGUUGGAUGUAUAAUUCACCGAAAUUUGCGGCCAAACAACAUACUCUUAACCCAUGAUUUUGAACCUCUGGUUGCUGAUUUUGGUUUGGCAAGAUUGCACAGUGAGUGGAAGUUCUGUGACAGGAAGCAAGUAGUUGGAACGUCAGUGUAUCUUGCACCGGAAUAUUUCAAUGAUGGGAAAAUCACAGAGAAAGUUGACAUAUAUGCCUUUGGCAUGGUAUUAUUAGAGCUAAUCACUGGGAAAAGAGCUCAUGAUUUGCAAUACUGCAUGAAACAUCAAUUUUUGCAGGACGAUAUCCAUUCUUUAGCUACUAUUGAGCCAAUACAUAUCUUGGUUUACAAGCAUCAACUGCUGGACCCCCGCUUGGCCUCUAUCCAACCCCAAGGUUUACCCUCUGAGCUUCAUGCAAUAGGAUUCGCUGCCUCGUUGUGUUUACAUCCUGAUCCUGACCUGAGACCACCCAUGUCAAAGGUUGUUAAAGUGCUAGAAGGAGGAAGUGCAGUGACUCCCCUGGCUUUGGACUUAGAUUCUGUUGGUUGCAGAAGUGGGCAUAUGCGGGGACUCAAUUCAAAUGCACUACUUGAAUCGAAGAAGAGGCAUUCUCGCAGGCUUUCAUACUGAAGAACUGUCAACUCUUUUUCCUCCUUGCUGAGUUCCGUGUGACAGGUUCCGGUUGUUUAUCUUCUUCGCACUAUCUUCUCUUUUCAGAUUAUCCAUUAUACCAGUUAUUAGAUUUCUUCUUUUUUUUUUCUCUUUAAUCCAGUUAUUGAUUGUCAUAGUAACUAUUUCUUAUUUUUUUCACAUUUUGAUCCUCUACAUUUCUAUGUUGUCAACAAUAUUUGUUGCUCCCAUUUUUCAGUGUGAAUAGAAAUGUUUUUUAUUUUUCC